AUGGUCGACUCGCGCAGCGACCAUUGGGACUGGGAGAAACAGGCGCGCAUCACUGCAGCGACAGAGAAGCGCGACAAUACCUUGACCCUUGUUCCGUACGAACAGAAGCUCGCGAAGCGCCGCGAAGAUCGUGCUCAUCGCAUUCAGCCGAAGAUCGUGUUUCCCGAAGACGACAACGAGCUCAAGGCCAACCCCGCCGCCUUUGCAUGGCAUGAGCCGCCCAAGGUUCCGCCAUUGAAGGAGUAUAAGAAGAGGAGGAGGGAACAUAACUAUCCGACUUCCAAAAGCGACUACCAAGCUGCUCCAAGGCCCCGGGACCUGGACAGGUUCACUCUUGUCCCUGGUCCUCAUCUCCUCGUCGACCCCAUGACUUCGCCGCUACCACUCAUGCGGGACUGGAACGACGAUGUCCUUGCCGCAGUAUGGGAGCAUAGUCAGGAACACGGACAAGUCAAGGGCCUGUGCGGUGGAUACAAGCUUGAGCUGCGCCGUUCGACUGAGCUAUCAGAAGAAGAUCUCGGUUCAUGCCUUGACAUCGUGCAAAACACUUCCGGGGCGGCGUACAAGGCUUCCCGCAUAGGUUGGCAUCCUCCCUCGAAGCGAACCGAGAUGGCGAACAAGGACAUGGUAUACAUCCUCCUCCGCGCCACCGACGGCACCCGCGAUGCCUUUGGUUCCGACCUCGAUACGAAUAUCGUCGGCUUCAUCUCCUUUAUGAUCGACUACGACGAUCCGCCGAACGAACAUCGACAAGUCGUAUAUAUCUUCGAGGUGCACUUAGCGGAGAGGCUUCGAGGCAAGGGUGUGGGCAAAUGGCUCAUGUUCACGGUCGAAGCUAUGGCGCAGUCCGUCACAAUUACGAAGACGAUGCUCACCGUGUUUGUCAGUAACAAAGGCGCCAUCCAAGCUUAUGAGAAGAUGGGAUAUUCUAUCGAUGAGUGCAGCCCACCGGACAGGAAGACGCGUGGCAGGAUCAUACCGUGCGAUUAUCGGAUCCUCAGCAAGAUUUCGCACGGCAAGUAG